AUGCCUCCUCGUCGCCGGACUACGAUAUACGACUUUUCCGGUCUACGUGUUCAUGCCGAUGGGACUCGCGUCGAGCAGACCAAUCGCAACCUACGCCCCGUCAUCCACGGGAAUACUACCCAAGAUUGGCGUGGUACCUGGACGGCCAGGGAUGCAGCUGGAAGAGGGCAAGUGAAGCGAAGACGGAGGUCUAGUCCCAGCGAACCUGACGAAGGAAAGGGAAAACGGAAGGGCAUGGAAAGCGACGAAGAGGAGCAUGUUCCUUUGAAGAAACGGAAGACAAAACAGGCAGAGAAACGCCGGAAAUUUGCUGAAGAUUUUUCAUUUCUCGAUGUUGACGUACCGGCAGCUUCGUCUCAGACAACCUCGGACGCUGUUCAAGGGAAUGACCCUGUUUUUUCAUCUUUUCCGGUGCCUUCGUCCGACCUUCUAAAAUGUAUACAUCAUUUCGCAAGUCUGUAUUACAGCGAGCGAGGCCAGUUACUCAACGCUUCAAAGUUGUACCGGCUUAGAAGAAAGGCUCUACAAAUGAAACGACUUGCAAAAGCGAAAAGGGAAGAAGCAAACGAUGAUCGCAACUCUUCAGAUGAAGAUGGUGACCCGCAAGACGCCGAGCAGUCAGUGCAGGAUGAGAGUGAUGAGGAAGAGCUCGAUGACAAAGAAGCCAGGUCGAGAAGGAGAGGCCAGAAACCGAAAAAACUCAUCGGUGUUCUCAGACGAGAUAUGUACAAACUUAUGGAUGGGACAGCAUUGAUGGCCAUUGGUGAGCUUCUGCCGUCACACUGCAGUGUUCGACUGACAUGUUCGUAG